AGGUGCUUGGCCCUGUUUCAGUGGCAGGCCAUGUGAGCCCCGCUUAGAGCGGGAUGCGCUUCAGCGCCCGUGAAGCGGGCUCUGGGCGUGCAAACGAGCCGCACAGAGGCUUUAGGGUGCCUGCUCCGUGACCAUGUUGUACCGACGCGUCCCUCGCACGCGUACAGCGGGCAGGAAAGGGACAGCAGCUCCCUCAGGGCUGGGCGAGGUUAGAGGCGCGGAGCUGCCGGCGAGCCCGGCUGAGGCGGGAGAACGCAGCCGCCUCCUGCCCCCGGUAGCUUAGCGAGGCAGCAGCGGCCCGGCCCAGGCGCGGGAAGCGAGGGUUCGGCUCGCAGCAGCAGAGAGGCCAGAGCAGAAAAUGGUCGUUUGGGGCUCGUUGCGAAGGCGAAGCUGCUAGGAAGAGCCGAGCCGGAGCCCCGUGCAAGGGGGGGGGGAGCUAUCGCGCCGUGCAGCCUGCUUAGCCUCCCCCGUGCAGCCAGCGGGGCUGCAGCACCCCAGCGGCCGGCCGCAGUGACUCGUGCGUGACCCGCAGCAGGACGGAGCGGAGCGCCCGCCCCGGCAGCAUGCAGCGGGACUGAGGAGGCGCAGCCCGGCAGCCGCUGCUGCUCUGUGUUUCUUCGCUUCCCCCGUGCCUGGGCUCUGCCGGCUGAGGGCUCCCGCAGGAAAAUGGAGCCGUUCCCCCACGAUCGAAUUCAGUUGCCCAGGAAUAUGAUUGAAAACAGCAUGUUUGAGGAAGAACCUGAUGUGGUUGACUUGGCAAAGGAGCCUUGCUUGCAUCCAUUAGAGCCUGAUGAAGUGGAGUAUGAGCCAAGAAGUUCACGACUACUGGUGCGUGGCCUUGGAGAAAAUGAAAUGGAUGAGGAUGAAGAGGAUUAUGAAUCAUCAGCGAAAUUGCUGGGCAUGUCUUUCAUGAACAGAAGCACAGGUCUCCGUAAUAAUGCAGCUGGCUAUAGACAGAGCUCAGAUGGAUCAUGCUCAGUGCCCUCUUUAAGGACCAUGGUGGUUUGUGCAGUUGUUCUUGUGAUUGCAGUUUCAGUAAUAAUGGUGAUCUACCUUCUUCCCAAAUGUACCUUUACCAAAGAAGGCUGCCAUAAAAAGAACCAUACAAUGGAACUGAUAUAUCCUCUAGCAACUAAUGGAAAGAGAUUUCCGUGGGCAAAAACUAGGCUUCCCAGUAAUGUUAUACCACUACACUAUGAUCUUGUCUUACAGCCAAACCUAACAACUACAAAGUUUGCAGGUUCUGUUCAGAUAACUGUUAAUGUAAUUCAGGUCACUUGGAAUAUCAUACUUCAUAGCUCAGGACUUAAUAUCACCAAGGCAACACUGAGUUCAGCAGGUUGGAAUCAGGCAAAACCAGUUGUAGUCCUGGAAUAUCCAAUACGUGAUCAGAUUGCAGUUGUGGCCCCUGAUGCUCUACUUGUUGGACAGAACUACACCCUCAGUAUAGACUAUUCAUCUAAUUUAUCAGAUACCUAUUAUGGGUUUUACAAAGUCUCCUACAAGGAUGAACAUGCUGAGAAAAGAUGGCUUGCAGCAACUCAGUUUGAGCCUCUGGCUGCAAGGUCUGCUUUUCCAUGCUUCGAUGAACCAGCAUUUAAAGCCACUUUUCUAAUUAAGAUCAAGAGAGAUGAACAGCACUCCACUCUGUCAAAUAUGCCAAAGAAUGUAACCAUCCCUGUGGCAGCUGGAAUAGUUCAAGAUGAAUUCUUUGUGAGUUUGAAGAUGAGUACUUACUUGGUAGCGUUCAUUGUUGCAAAUCUGAAGAAUAUCAGUAAGGAAACUAAUAGGACUCUGGUAUCUAUAUAUGCCAUGCCACAGAAGCUAGGCCAAGUUGAGCAUGCCCUAGACACAGCAGUGAAGCUCCUGGAGUUUUAUCGGAAGUAUUUUCAUAUAGAGUAUCCUCUUCAAAAAUUAGAUUUGGUAGCUAUUCCUGAUUUCCAGGCAGGUGCUAUGGAAAACUGGGGUUUAAUCACCUUUAGAGAGACAACACUCCUUUAUGACAUUAAAACCUCUUCAGCAAUGGAUAAAAAGCUGGUAACUGCAGUGAUAGCUCAUGAGCUGGCUCAUCAGUGGUUUGGUAAUUUAGUAACUAUGGAAUGGUGGAAUGAUCUUUGGCUGAAUGAAGGAUUUGCCACUUUUAUGGAAUACUAUGCCAUGGAAAGAACUUUCCCAGAACUGCAGACUGAUGAAGAAUUCCUGAAACUACGAUUCAAGACAAUGAUGAAAGACUCCUUAAACGCCUCACGUCCAAUCUCCUCUGCUGUCCAAUCUUCAGAGCAGAUUGAAGAAAUGUUCGAUGCACUUUCCUAUAUCAAGGGAGCUUCCCUUUUGUUGAUGCUGAAAAAGUAUAUCAAACAUGAUAGUUUUCAAGCUGGGAUUGAGAAUUAUUUGUAUAAUCACAGCUACGGAUCCACCCGCAGCGAUGAUUUAUGGGACAGCAUGAAUGAGAUCACAAACGGAACACUAGAUGUAAAAAAACUGAUGAAAACCUGGAUUCUGCAGAAAGGAUUUCCCUUAGUAACUGUUAAAAGAAAAGGAAAGAGUCUCCAUGUCCAGCAGGAGAGAUUCUUGCGCAGUGUGGAAUCAGAAAAUUGGACAUCAGAUGCAAGUUAUCUCUGGCAUAUCCCUCUCUCCUACACUACUAGCAGCUGCUCUUUCCUCUGUCCUUAUGCAUAUUUACUGGACCAGAAGUCAGCUACCAUUGAACUUCAGGAGGAGGUGGCAUGGGUAAAGUUCAAUGUGGACAUGAAUGGCUACUAUAUCGUGCACUAUGCUGAGGAUGACUGGAAUAUUCUAAUUGACCUGCUGAGAGAGAACCUCACUGCUCUGAGUGCCGAAGACCGAGCUCACCUGAUCAACAAUAUCUUCAGUCUUGUGGGUAUAGGAAAGGUGUCUCUGUUGAAGGCCUUUCAUCUGCUUGAUUACCUAGUGAAAGAGAACCACACUGCACCAAUCAGUCAAGCUCUGUUCCAAGUGAGUCUCAUCUAUGACCUCGUAGAAAAAAGAGGAAUGCAGCAUCUUGCAGCAAGAGUAGUGAGCAGAGUUAAAACGCUACUUGGAAGCAAAAUUGAUCAACAGACUUGGACUGAUGAUGGGACCGUAUCUGAACGGGAGUUCCGGUCUACUGUGCUCGCCUUUGCCUGCUCCCAUCACUUGGGAAACUGUAGCACCACUGCCACCGAGCUGUUUGAGGAAUGGAAGGCUUCCAAUGGCACGAAGAGUCUGCCUACUGAUGUUAUGAAGACUGUAUUCACAACAGGAGCAAAAACUGACGAUGGCUGGGAGUUCCUUCUACGCAUGUACGCGUCUUCAGUUUCUGAAGCUGAGAAGCACAAAAUGCUUGAUGCUCUAGCCAGCACAGAAGAUAUUAGAAAACUGAUCUGGUUAAUGCAAACAAGCCUGGAGGGAAACCUCAUCAGGGCACAGGAACUUUCGCAUAUCAUAGCAACUGUCAGCCAAAGUCUGCCUGGGCACUUGUUGGCCUGGGACUUUGUCAAAGAGAACUGGGAAAAGCUUAUACGGAAGUUCCACUUGGGGUCAUUUGCUAUCCAGAAUAUAGUUACCGUGUCAACCUUUCAGUUUUCAACAGAGGCCCAUCUACUUGAGGUUAAAACUUUCUUUGAGUCCAAGUCCGAGAAGAUUUCUCAACUUCGCUGUGUCAAGGAGGCUAUUGAGACAAUUCAGCUGAAUAUUAAGUGGAUGGAGAAGAACUUAGCGACACUGCAGCAAUGGCUGUAGAGAACAUAAUGCCACAGAGAGUGUGUGUUUGUGUGUGUUAGCCAUUAAGAAAGCUUGUGAACUGUUGCUUUUGCAAAAGCCAGGGUGAAGCCAGGCAUCGCUGCAACAUUGUUUGCACUAUUAGGGGUUCUAGUUAGCUCAGGGCACAUCUCACCUAAGUUUGUUUUUCUUUUGGCCAUUUGUGGGCCAGAUGUAGAUGUUUAUUUAUUCUGGAACUGUCUUCAUCUAUAGACCAAACAGUUGCAUAAAUAACUAAUAAGUACAGUAACUUUAUAUUUGAAACACCCUGUCAUUUGAAAACCUGUCUUAUCGUUCUCAACACUGGGUAAGUAUUGAAAAAGAGAGCAACAAGGGAAAAAACUUCCAUGAGAGAUGCUUUUUCUUUGCAGAGCGCUGGCUAAUCAGUGUUCUUUAUGCAAAACUGUUGGUAGCUUCGGGUUUAGCUUUUGAUGAUCAAAGUGUUUUUUCUAGACGUUCUAAAAACAUAAGAAUAUACAGCUAUUAUUAUAAUAUGUAUUUUUGUCUAUUAAGUGGCCAGGUGCUACUGAUAUUAUAUGAAAAGAAAACAAAGCCAAAUAGCAAAUAUGAAUGUUUUAGGGGGGGAGAGAUUUUUAGAAGCAUCUCAGUGACUUGGGAGCACAUGUCCCACUGAAAGUCAGUGGGGCGUGUGCUCCUAACUCAUUAAGCACUUUUAAGGGUCAAACUUUCAGUUGCCAGACUGAAUUAUUAUUGUUUUGUUGAUGUCUGAGCAAGAGCCCCUACCUUCCAAAAAAAAAAAAAAAAAAGGCCAUAGGAAGUUGCUCCAGACUAGUUCAGAUGGUGAACUGACUCCUGAUUGACUACUGAUCCUUUUCACCAUUCCUCUUUGCUGAGAGCCUGCAUUUGGUACAGGUGUGUCAGACGUUUUGUUUGGGUCUUUAUAUUCUUCACUUAAUUUUUCAGUAUCACUAGUAUAAUUUGUGUACACCGCUUACUCUGUAAUGCUUUCUAGGUGUAACACAGCAGUGGGGAACUUGUUGCAUGAUACCAUCCAAAUACAGACAAAAACUAUUGGGGACAAAGCCUAAAACUUAUUCUGCGAACAAGUGCUCUAAAAUCUGGCAUGCUAGGCUAAAAGGCAAGAUAGCCACAAUACAAUGUGCCUUUUUUCUAAAGCAAUUCACAUUUAAGGCCCUUUUUGAGGCCUGGUGUAAACACAGAGUUGUACCUCCUUAACUAAAGAGAUGAUUUUUAUACCUGUUUAGUUAAAGUGGUGGGGAGAGAGAAUGUGUAAAUAUUCUUAUGCCUGUCUAAAGCUGGCUAACAUCACAUUAGUUUGCAUCAGAAAACUUUCAUGUACAGCCAAACUGAUAUAACAAGUUUUAAACCAAUGUAAGAGAAUCCAAACAAACAAAUUGAAUCAAUUAAUAAAAUGGAUUUAAGUUAAAGCAGUGCAAAUUUUGUGCAGAGACAAGCCCUGAGAAAAGUUUUCUUCAAAAGGUGGGGAGACUAUUUUCAGUCAUAAUCAGCCUUGGCUUUGAAUUUCUUACCAUUUUAAUACAGGCUCUGUUUAAAAAAAAUUUUAUAACUUUCACCUGCAAAUUGUGGCAGUAAUUUGCAUGAGAUGUAGGUAGGUGAUUAGUUAAAACUGCCUAGUGAAAAUUAUAGUAUUUGUUGGCUUUUCAUCAGUAGGUAUGUACUAAAUCAUUUAAACUAUGCAGUUUCAUUUCCAUAUUUUGUGCUUCUCCAACUAAAGUUUGGAGAAAAAUUUCCUCAAAAUUUGCCAGUAGUUUACUUUAAAAAUGAGUUCUGCAGUUCUAACCUUGAAAAAGAAUGUUACUCCUCCUGGGUGCGCAAAACACCCUGUCAGCCAGUGGAAAUGCAUGCAUUUUGUAUGUACUGAAAGUGGAUUUGUACACCUCCUCAGUAAUUGAAUUAGAUGUUAUCCUAAUUCAUUGAGUUCUUUAAUCACUUGUAUUAACUGCAUUGUGCAGUGAUGUGUCGUCCCCCCCACUCCCAGUUACUGUGUUUAGUUACAUCUUUGUAUAUUUUUCUGUGUUUAUACCAUGUGUUUUUUUCCUUUUUCCAUUUCUCUGUUCUUUUUAAAAAAUUUUCCCCCUUGACAACAACAAAGGUGAUGGAUAUCAAACUUUGUGGAGUGAGAACUAAUAAUAAUUUCCUCAGUUCCAACUCUGGGAUUUUAAGAAUGUUCUACCAUUGACCUUAAACAUGUUACUGGUAAUGUAAUCUGUAUUAGGAAAUACCAUGCACCUCCAUUUUAGAGUGCAAAAUAUGGUAAAAACUGAAAAACAGAGUUUGGAAAAUCAUGGCUUUAAAAAACCAAACAACCAACCUAAGGUUUGUUUCAUUUUGCCACUCAGUGCACUGAGUUUUUCACCUUUUUUUGCUAUUUAAACAUGAUUCAUGUUUUCAAUAUCACUUGUCCUUCUGUGGAGUUCAUACUAUGUACCUGGGAGCCAGCUUCUAUUGAUGUCAAGGAAAAGCUUCUCAUUGAAUUCAGUAAGAGUUGGAUCAGGCCCUGAUACUGAAGAGCACUAAGAACCCUCAUCUCUUCCAGAGCUCAGUGGGAACUGAGGAGAAUUGGUGCAGGGAACUAUCAAGACACAUGUCAUGUUUUACAUUAAAUAAGUGGCUCUUACCAGUUCUUUUGUCUUCCAGUCAAAAGAAACACACACAUUGCAAGAAAACACUUCUUGUUAUGAUUCCAUAAUAAUUUACAAGCAAACGUUAUGGAACAAGAGGCUGUGUAAGUCUUGGGCCAUUAUCUUUAUUUUGUUUCUGAAGGAGAGACAAGUUCCACUGAAAAGCUACUAGACAAACACCAGUCACUUGGGGCCACGUCCCCCACUGUGAAAUCAGUUUUGUUUAAUGUUUAUUUUAGUUGGAGUCUCUCAGUUUAGGUCCAGUGAAACACCUUAACUUGCCAUCUUCGAAGCUUUUGUGCUACUGUAGUCUUGGUACUUUGCAGUGAUUUCAGUUGUAAAUUAAUAUUAACUUUGAAGUCUAAAAACCUAAUUUGAAAGAAACCAUGCAUUACAUAUAGCUACGUAUUUUGUGGGUUUUUUCCCUAACAUUUCACAUGUAAAAUUAGCCUAACGGGGGGGAAAAAUGUGCUAAUGAAUGAGGUUUUUUUAGCUUUAUCCCUGGAAAACAGAGAAGUCUGCAUGCUGAUGUAUCUUUGAUUUUAUUAAAAUUGCAAAUUCAUUUAAUGCUAAAUCCUGCAUUUACUUUAUCAUUCAUGAGUUUUUGGCUUCUUAAAUUUACUCCAUAGUGUGGAAAGGAUCAGGAUGUGAGGAGAGAAGGAGCCUGAAAUGGAUCAUAUGUGACUGUUUAGAAAUGAUUGUAGCAAUAGUCUCUGCCUUAUGGAUUAUAUUACAGUGACAUGCAAGAUCAUAUGCUAGCUGGAGAUUGGAAUAAAGGGAGGCCAUGCUUUUUUCUAGUGGGACAGUAAAACUCCUGUUCCAUAUCUGUUUUUUUUACUCUUUAGGCUAGAGGUGUUAGUGCAAUUCAUGUUCUGCUGGAGGUCAACGAUACUUUUGUUUCCCACACCGCUUUGAGUGGGGUAGCAAUUUGUAGUAUUCCAGAGGCUUUCAUUUUUGUAUACUAAACCACACACGAUAUUCCAGUUGCAUUCCCAAUCUUGUCCCCCUUCACAUUAACAAAGUGACUCAAGUUUUGUGAGAAACACUAUAACUCAAAUUCUCAGUCACCUAUUUCAAGCCUUAGUUUGCUCUCUUGGAUGUAUUUCUCCUUCCCAGUCAUUUCAGCUAAUUUCUGCAAGCACAUUCUCAUCCUCCAAAUGUUCACCUGCCUGCUGGUGGGAAAGCUGAAAACACCGGUCGCUAGAGCAGCCUUCCUCUGAGGCAAACUGUAGGGGCACUGUGCUAACGCAUGUGGAAAUUGGGGAGAUUACAAUUUUCCAAAUUUGAAUAUGCACUGUGGAUUCCUUCAUGCAUUGAAAGUCACAUAUAGAAUUGUACUUCAGCAUUUACACAAUCUGACAUCUUUCAAUGACGCACUACAAAAGCAAGGUUGCAUAUGCUUCCGUAAGCAAUGAUACAUGUUGUAGUAGGCACUUCAUCAUUAUUUAUUUGAAUCCACUCUAAAUUUUAGUUUAUCAAACCCUGCUUUCAUAAAACACCUGCACCUUUUCUAGAAUACUAGUGCAUUGGCAAUCUGAAGAGCUCACUUUAACUCUAGGAGUGGUAUUCAUUUUUUACCUGGCCAAAGAGAUGGCUUUUGCCAUAGGAAUAUUUACAUUUCACCUGCUCACUGCAUCUUGGAGCAUUUGAUGUUGGGCGUGCAUUGUAAAAGUAAUGCUUUAAGGAACAUGGUAAUGGCCUUCAUUAUGUUGGGUGUUUUUUUAGUGACCAUAUGCUGCAGGAAGUCUGACCCUUGAAGUGAAUCCUGCUUUAUGAUUGUAUAUCUUUCACCUGUUCUAUAUUAGAUGGAACAUUCCUUUUCCAACUGAUUGGCUCUCUUCUCUUCCCCCUCCUCCUUCCCCGCCCUCUCUCGAAGAUGUUAUUUUUCAUCGCACUCUGAAAUUUAAAACAACGCUGCCUCAUUAACCAUACACUUUUGUAUGCAUUUCAUGCAUCGAGGCUUGUAUGUUGACUUUCUAUAUUUCUGAAUCCGGUUUCAUGUAGUUAAUUCACUCCAUCACAUGGUAAAUGUUGUUCUCUCUCAUUUGGCUAAACUGUAUAGAAGAAAAUGCUUGAGUAAACUUACUUUUACAUUAUUUUAUUGUUUUUUUUUAAUUAAGAUGCUACUAAAUGUUGGAAGAUUUGGUUACUUUUUUUAAUGAGGCAUGGAUUCACAUGAUUCCUGGAAAGUUUUAAACGGAUGUAAUUUACCACAUUAAACUCUCAGGUCAUAUUGCUAAAGAAUUUAAACCUCUAGUUUUUCUGUUGUUUAAACCUGCUUCUGAAGUAGAAAUAGACUUUUAUUCGUGAUAACUUAGUUUUGAUCAGUGAGAGGCAGACAUCUUUUUUUGAGUUGAUCAUAGUGGCAUUUAGCAAAUUGCAGUAAAAUAUUAAGAAAAGGUAGGAGCUUGAAUGGAUUUAAAUACAUGAAAGUUUGGACUGAGUUAUUAAAGAUCAAUAAUAUUUUCUAUUCAACAAAGUAGGGAAAUGGAGUAUUCUGAGAGCAAAUUGCAUCAAACUACUGCUAAACUUGCAGUCAGACAAGAGCCCUAUAUUCCAGUCUUUAUAAAGUUAAAUAGCCCUGAAGAAUACCACCUUUCAAAUUAUUUUGGAAAAGUUAAGUACUGUAAGGACUUGUAAAGGGAGAACACUUGUGUAUUUCUAAAAUACUUAAAAUAUAAGUACAAUGUACAAUCACAUGUGUGAGCUUUGGGUGGUGAAAUUCUAGGUUGUACAAUACUUGCCUUUGGGGGAGGUUGGAAAUCGUGUGUAUGUGUAUAUAUGUAUAAUGCAUACACAUGCAGAUCUGUUUUAUUUUACUUGUAAAGGGGGGAAAGCUUAUUUUCUUUAUAUUUCAGAUAAACUUGUUUGCAUAUAACUGGCACUGAUGAAAAGGCAUGUAUACAGCAAACACUGUUGCUUUUGUGAGAUGAAAAUAAAGUAUUUAAAUACAAAUUGCUCUUUCUUUUUUGUAACAACUAUA